GAUUUCAAAUGUCAACAUUGGCUACCAGAAAUCGCUUACCCCACCUUUAAGUGUCUGUAAACGGUAACAACACAGUUUGCUCAUGGGUCAGGGAGUGCAAAAAUUCGAUUCUUCAGGGACUGGCCAGUGCCAUGUUGACCUUUGGACCACCUUGAUCUGAGGGUAGUAAAGGCCUAAACUGAACUAUGACAUUCACUAUGUGAAGAGACUGAGUCAUUCUCAACUCUCUGCCAAACUACAGUUAUUAAUAAACUGCCUGUUGUUGGUGUGUGAACAGCAAUAAUAUCCUGAUCAAAAGGGGGAGGGAAAUACCUGAUAAAUCUGGGUUAUAUGCCAUUAAGUGUCAGUGCUCAUUACACAUUUGAAAUUGAGCAAGAGGAAAACGGCUACUUGAUGCACCAGUUGAAAAAAAUGGGGUGGUGACGUGUUUAAACAAUGAACGUAUAAAAUUCCACCCCCCAUUAUAUUUUGGCCUUUUUUUAGCAUGGAAACAAGAGAGCAGCUGCCCUUCAGUCUCUCUCCCUCUCUGACCAGCUCCUGUUUGUCACACACCCUUCACACGCUCACAGCUAGCAGACUCAUUUCAUCGCACAGCUAAGUCAUGGCGGACAGAAAGGACAGCAAGAUCCCCAGUAAAGUCGGCCUGAUAAAGAAGAAAGAAAAGAAAGUGGAGAAAGUAGAGAGUAAACCUGAAAAGGAGAAAGAAAAGAACAAAGAUAAAAGUGAAAAGGUGACAAAGAAGCCAGAGAAGACCCCAGAAAAUCAGCAAAAAAAUGAGGAGAUGCCUCAAGGAAAUGGGGAAGUAGCAGAAGGUGCCAAAGGCCCGGUCAAAGAUGAGGAGUUUGAGCUGGAGCCUAUGGAGCUGCCUCCAUUCGAGAUCAUUAUAGGAGACAGAAUGAACCCGAACUUCUUUAAAUUCCAAUUUAAAAAUGUGGAAUAUUCCUCCGGACGCAACAAGACCUUCCUGUGCUACCAGGUAGACAUUCAAGGAGGCGCUGCAGAGACAGAAGGCCUUCGCGGUUACCUAGAAGAUGAGCAUUCAGGUUCACAUGCUGAAGAGGCCUUCUUUCAACAGGUGCUGGCCUAUUAUGACAAGUCAUUCCACUACACAGUGACCUGGUACAUGUCCUCGAGCCCAUGCGCAGCCUGCGCUGCUAAGCUCAUAGAGAUCUUGCGAGCACGCAAGACAAUGUGCCUUAAUAUCCACUGCUCCCGUCUCUUCCAGUGGGAGGAAGCAGAGAUACAGGCCGGACUUCAGGCACUAGUUAGGGCGGGGUGUAAAAUACGCAUGAUGAGGCCUGUGGAUUUUGCAUAUGUUUGGUCUACGUUCGUUGAGAACGAGGAAGAUAACUUUACACCCUGGGAGGACUGUCAAGAUAACUAUGAUUAUUAUGAUGAGAGGUUGUGUGAUGUUUUAAAGUAGGGUAAAGAGCCGCAGCUGGCCUCUGAUUAAGACUGUUAAAAACAGCCUGGGCACCGCCUUUAAGCAAAUUUAGUACUUGAAAGCUAAUUAUUACAAUGUCCCUGUAACUACAACAGCAUUGUUUUCUCUGUCAACACUAUUCGUCCUGCAAAAUCACUUUGUUACCUUUAUUGAUUUUAAACUUACAUAAUGAAUUCAAACCACAAAAAAUAUAUAGGUAAUACUUCUAUUUUACUAAGUAUCAUUUUAAGAAAAAUUUUAGAAGCUAAACAUCUGGGUGCAAAAUUCAAGCAUUAAAUUCCAGUUAACUAAGCAAAUUCUUUUGCUAACUAAAAUAUAGUUUGCUUCGCUCUAGCCUCUAAGCAUUAUGUUUAAAUAUUCUAA